UGUCACACUCAUUGGGUAAAUAACAAACCACCCACUUAUUUUGAAGCCUGUCGUUGGGGGAAUCACUGGAAGUUUAAGGUUGGCGAAACAAAUGAGAAGAAAAUUAGUGGGAGACUUAUCUAAUAAAACGGACGGCUUCCGGGUGUGAUAAACAGCUGACGGUGACUGUUAUCGCGGACUGCUGGUUUUUUUUUUUUUUUUUUGUCGUAAUUUUUUCGGGGUGGCUCAUCUCUGGCAGCGCAGCGGCUAACGAGCUAACGGACUGCGGAUGAAGUGAAGAAGUCGUCUCGGUGUGGAGCAAACGACGCCGCGGUUGCAUUUAGAGGACUCGGGGCUGGGUGUAUUUCCUGGUGGAGGUGUUAUCCACGCCAGAACCAGCUGCUUUGUUGUUUGGGUCCUCCUGUUGUUUUUUUUUUUUUUUCCUGGCGGAACCUUCCCCACUACAUAUAUGCUAGCCAGCUAACCAACCCAGGUUUUGCUGUCGGGAGCCGCGGGACGCCGACCUGGUUCUGCCCCUCGCCACCAUGAUAUGACGGUUUUAUAUUAACUGCGGGGUCCCUCUCGAAGUACCAGACGCGGAGUAUGCAGGAGAAGAAAAGGGUCCAGAUAAACAGAUAGGGGACCUAGGACGGUACCGAGUUUAACAAGGACUGUGUGGUCAGUUCACCACCGAUUAGAGGUCGCAGCGAGUGGCCUGAGAGGAAAAGUGAAGGAUGAAGAAGUUUUCCAGAAUGCCAAAGUCUGAAAGCGGAGGACUCGGAGGGGCGUCCGGUACCAGUUCCAGCUCGGGGGUCAGCAGCUACUUCGGGAAAGUGUUCGCAGUUGGCCGGUAUCAGGUCACCGUGGAGGAGCUCGUCGCUGAAGGAGGCUUCUCUGUGGUGUUCCUGGCUCGGACACACAGCGGUGUUCGCUGCGCUCUCAAAAGGAUGUACGUGAACAACGUGCCGGACCUGAACGUCUACAAGAGGGAGAUCACUAUCAUGAAGGAGCUGUCGGGUCACAAGAACAUCGUCCGCUACCUGGACUCAACAAUCAGUUCAGUUUCCGACAGUGUUUGGGAGGUCCUGAUUCUCAUGGAGUACUGUAAAGCGGGUCAGGUAGUGAAGCAGAUGAAUCAGCGGUUAAACGUGGGCUUCAGUGAGGCUGAGGUCCUCCACAUCUUCUGCGACACCUGUGAAGCUGUGGCUCGCCUUCAUCAAUGCAAGACUCCCAUCAUUCACAGAGACCUUAAGGUUGAAAACAUUCUUCUGAACGACCAGGGAAACUACGUCCUGUGUGACUUUGGCAGCUCCACUCAUAAGGUUUUGUUGCCACUUAAAGACGGAGUGACGGCUGUGGAGGAUGAGAUAAAGAAGUACACAACCCUCUCAUAUCGGGCCCCGGAGAUGAUUAACUUGUACGCAGGAAAAGCCAUCACCACUAAGGCAGAUAUCUGGGCGCUCGGAUGCUUGUUGUACAAGCUGUGUUUCUUCACACUUCCAUUUGGGGAGAGUCAGGUUGCCAUAUGUGACGCGACCUUUAUCGUUCCAGAUAACUCCAAAUUCUCCACCAAACUGCACUGCUUAAUCAGAUAUAUGCUUGAGCCGGACCAGGAGAAGAGACCAGACAUCUACCAGGUGUCCUACUUUGCCUUUAAAUUAGCUGGAAGAGAAUGCCCAGUCCCGAACCUCUCGAACUCUCCCAUCCCAACAUCGCUUCCUGAGCCUCUAACAGCCAGUGAGGUCGCUGCUAAGAAGAGUAUGACUAAAGCCAGGAUAACGGACUCCGUGGGUCCAACGGAAACAUCCAUAGCUCCCAGGCAGAGGCCGAAGGCUGCAAACAGCAACGUCCUGCCGCUCACCAACACCGUCACUCCUGUCAAAAUGACCGUGCCUUCAGCACCAGUCAGCAACGGCCAGAAAGCUCCCACUCCUGGAUCGGGUCAGCCGUCCGUGCAGACAGCGCCUAGCAGCCAGCAGCACCGCGUCCUGCAGCAGCUCCAGCCUGGUGACCUGCGCCUCCAGCAGCUUCAACAACAACAAGCGGUGCAGCAGCAACACGCAAACGCUCAGCAGCUGCAAUACUUGCAGUACCAACAGGCAGUGCAGCAGUCCCUGCAGCUUCAGCACCAGCAGGCUCUGCUCCAGCAGCAGCAGAUGAUGAUGCAGCCGAUGUAUCAGCAGCAGGUUGCUCAGGCUCAAUAUGCUGCCAUGCUGCACCAGUACCAACAGGCUUUUGUCCAGCAGCAUCAUCAUCAUCAGCAGCAGCAGCAUCCCGCUCAGCAGCCUCUUCCCUAUAUGUCUUCCCCUCUUGAAUUCCAGAUCCCUCUGGGUUCUUAUAAUGCUACCACUCCCACUGCUGGAUCCGGAACUGGAUUGGGAGCUGGAGCUGGACCUAUCGGUGGACCAUCCCCUGGAGAAGCCCCAUACACUAACCCCAGUAGAAACCCCCUGCUGGCCACCGACGGUAUUACCCCAACCUCUCAGAGCAGCAGCAGGACCAUCAGUUACCCGCCGGACAUGUCAGGCUGGAACCCUUUUGGAGAGGAUAACUUCUCGAAACUGACCGAGGAGGAGCUGAUCGACCGAGAGUUCGACAUGCUCAGAGCAAAGAAGCCCGAGGACAGAACAGCCAGCGCGGAAACCGACCCCACACCGUCUACAGCUCUUCCACCGGAGGAUCUGUUCGGUUCAGUACCAUUUGUGGCCAACGCAGGAACCGGCGUGAUGACGAGUGAGCAGCCUGUGGAGGAGGUUCCUGCCAACAUCCCAACUCUCAUCCAGGAUCCACAGCCGAUCAAGGAGCCCAAACCAGGAAAGAAGAGCAGCUGCAAACUCGGCGAUGAGUCUGACAGUGACUUUGAGUCCGACCCGCCUUCUCCAAAAAGCAGCGAGGAUGAAGAGCAGGAGGAAGAGGAGGCCUUGAACAGCGAGCACGGUGAAGACACUGAGCCGGAGAAUCUGGGACAGAGGCCUCUGCUGAUGGACUCUGAUGAAGAGGAAGAUGAGGACAAACACAGCUCAGAUUCAGACUGUGAUGCCAGCAAGGUCAAAAGUCGCACAAAGAAACCCGGAGCCACUAAAGUAGCCAAUCCAGAUACUUCCAGGAGUCCUAGGACAAGUCUCAUCAACCCUCCAGUGUCGCCAAGCGGAGCGAGAGCCACAGAAGGUGUGGACGUGUUUGGCGCCGUCCCUUUUGUUGGAGGAGCUUCGCCUGUGGGGCACUUGGAGAGCACUGAUAUCUUCACCAAAGCGCCUUUCAGGCAGGUUAGCCAAGAAGGGCUGGCUGCAGAUGAGUUUGAUGUUUUUACAAAAGCCCCUUUCAGCCGGAAUGUGUCAAAGUCUGGAAGGAGCGGCAGUGACGUCCCAAUGGCCCAGACACCACCCAUAUCUCCCGAAGACACUGACGUCUUCGGCUUCUCGCCUUUCCAUCCGGGCCACACCGAGCCUCCUCCCACCACCUCCAGAAGUGCAGAAGACAUCUUCCAGUCGCCAUUCGAGGAGCCGGGAAGUCUGCACCAGAGGCAGAAGCAACGCAGCCUGCAGAAGUUGUCAUCCCGCCAGAGAAAAACGAAGCAGGAGCCGACGGUGGGAGGCAACAACGGCAAGCGGCACCAUGGUACCCCAACCGGAGGACGCAAGAGCAACAAGCCGACCUAUCGCACUCCAGAGAGGGUCCGCAGGCACAAGAAGGUGGGCCGCAGAGAUUCUCAAAGCAGCAACGAGUUCCUGAGCACCUCCGACUCCAAGGAGAACAUCAGCGUGGACAUCAGCAUGGCUGAAGGGAAAGACAAGGCAGCACCUCUGCCGGUGGACGAUGCUCUUUUAGACCCGUUUGGGGCCAAACCGUUCCACCCUCAAGACGGCAGCCGCCUCGGCCAGUACCCCGCCCUCAGUGACGGUAGGAGCGACAUGAGCGCCGCUAACGGGAAGUCGUGGAGCGGCGGUGAGAGCAUGAUCAUGGAUGAUUUCGGAGCGGUGCCCUUUACAGAACUGGUGAUUCAUAGUGGACCGCAGCAGCCAGUGACGCCUUCGCAGCCGCUGGACCUCGACCCUUUUGGAGCAGCGCCCUUUCCCUCCAAGCAGUAACUAAUGUGUCUUCCAGCUCUGCCAGUAGCAGUUAACCCUGGGCUCCUUUGGUUUGGGAUCAUUUCUCAUGAUAUAUAUAUAUAUAUAUCAUGAAAUAUCUGCCUUUCAUGCUGCAUCUUAACACUUUUAAACCGAGAGAACCGGGUCAGAACUUGUACUGUGAUUAUAAAGUUAAUACUGGGCUGCAAAAAGCUCUUUUAUAGUCUGCCUUCUAAACGUUUUUAGCACCAGAAAGCCUUACCUGAGCUGGGCCCGCCCUGCUUCACAGUACCUCAGAAAGAAACGGUUCUGCCGCAUCGUUUGGGAGCAGCUUUUAACCACUUUGUCUCGUCCUUAUUAGGUUUUAUCUAUGCAUAUUUUCCCUGCAGCCAAAUGUGGAACGGGUGCUCUAUAUUUCACUAGAAGGGAAUUUUUUUUAUUGUACCUUGGAACUUUUAAUUUGAUGCCAUUAAUUUUUAAGCUCUUAUCUGGUCUUGUUUGUAGCAGGAAAUCUGCACAAUUAUUGGUUAUUUUCUUUUUUUAUGAACUCAAAGUUCUGUUAGAAGUAAAAAAAAAAAUAAAAACACACAAAGCUGCA